GAAGCAACGAGCAUCUUCUCUCGAUCUCCCUCCUCCUCUCCGCGCCAUAUAUUAAAACCCUCUCGUCUUCUUCAUCACCACCGCUCCUCUCUCUCCUCUCACUCUCUCUCUUAAUCCUACACUCGUUGACUUUAACUCGAAACAAUGACUACACCGGGCUCUUCUGGAUCCAUCCCGUUCAAAUCGAAGAAACGGCUGUUAGAUUCGCCGUGCUCGAAAUCCCAAACCGCAAACCCUAAUCAGCCCUCUGUACCCUUCCCCACGCCGGAGAAGCCGCCGGAGACCAUGCACACCAGAUCGAAAAACCGAUCCGUGGCUCUCUCCGUGAAAGAGAUUCGCCAAGCCGCUGGAUCUCGUCGUAGAUCUGAAGAUCCGGCGGGUAAGGUUUCGUCCGCCAGGAGCCGCCUCUUGUUCUCAUCCAACGAUGAGUCAUCGUCUUCCUCCUUCUCCAAACGAAAGAACGCCGAUAAAGAGAAACUGCCUGAGAAGUACGAGAAUCUGGGGAAGUUCUUCGAUGCGUUGGAUAGUACGAUUGUCUUAUCGAGACUGCGUGGCUCCAAGCCGAUAUUUUCAAACAUUUCUGGGAAAAUCGAGCAUUUAACCGAAAGGAGGUUUUGUUACAGUCACUUGGCUCAGAUAACGCAUAUCUUGCCAGAGGCAGUCGAGAUUAAGAGAGUGUUGAUACAUGAUGAAGCAACUAGCUGCAUGAAACCAGAUCUCCAUGUCACUCUCAACGCCGAUGCUGUUACGGAGAAUGACAAUUCGAAACCAGACAGCAAGAAGAAGAUCUCACUUAGGAAAGUGUUCAGGGCUAGACUUGCAGAUUUUGUUAAAUCUCAUCCUCAGGGUGAUGAAGUUCCAGAGGAACAGCUUCCAGAGCUAUUCAAUAGAAAGAAACAAAAUGAAGAUUCAAAGGUUAAGAGUGUUAGUACUCUCAUGGGAGAGAUGGCUUCUAUCCCAGCAGCUAAAUUGAUUUCAUCUUUCAUGAAAGCCCCAUCUUCUCCAGUCAAAGCACCUUCAAGUCCUGCUAAACCAAUUGCAAGUUCUGCUUUGUCUAAGAUUAACUUGGCCCCAACCCCAGUUAAAGAAGUGUCAAUUCCAGCUGUUGUACCUUCCACUCCUGCUAAGAUUGACUCAACACCAGUUAAAUCACUGUCAAUUCCAGCUAAUGUACUUUCAACGCCAGCUAAAACUGACCCUGCACCAGUUAUUGCUGCUUCAACUCCACCUGAAUGUGCCUCAACUCCUGCCCGGCUCUUCAGUACAUCACUUGCAUCUCGUCUACAGAAAAGGAGCAGCGGUGAUACAAGUCCAGAUGAUAUUUCUACUGACCCACCGGCUAAGCUGGCGAGGCGCUCCUCACUAAGCUCAUCAAGGUCGCUUAACUUUGAUUCUUAUACAGAGGACGAGAAAGAUGAUGCUGAUGAAGACGUUGACCAAGUACCAGAGGAAGAUGCAUCCAGCGAUGACGAAAUACUCAGCAUACUUCCUCAUAAACUUCGACAAUCGAUUAAAGAACAAGAGAGGAAAGCGAUUGAGGAAUCAAAUCCAGCAAUCUCAGAGGCAAAGAGAAGGCGAAAGAUGAUAGCUUGUCUACCUAAACUUUUCAACGUCAUCCAUUACUUGAUUCAGUCAAUAAGGCGUUGGGUGAUCACCAAAGAAGAGCUUGUGCACAAGAUUAUCGCCGGUCAUUCCGACAUUACCGACAGAAAAGAAGUUGAAGAACAGCUUAUCUUAAUGCAAGAGCUCGUUCCCGAAUGGAUCUCUGAGAAAAGAUCAUCAAGUGGAGAUUUACUAGUAUGCAUAAACAAGUUGGCAUCUCCCCAAACAAUCCGGUCUCAUCUAGAAGAAGAAAACAAGAAAGCUGUUGCUCCACCAUGCCCUUGAGACUUGCAGUUUUUUCGUCGGCUGCGUUUUGGACUUUAAAUAUUCGAGAGAGAGAGGCGUGUUAGAGGUUAGGUAAAGUAUUGAAGUUCAAGUUGUGGACGUAGUUCAAGUAUAAGUUCAAAGGGAAGUGUAAUAAAAGGGUGAAAACAAUUAAAUCUUAUUUAACAUAUUUUACAGAUUUUUGGUAAAUCAUUUUCCUUGCA